GAGUAGCGCAAAUGCGUGUGGAGGCUUCUUGGCUGCAGGACCUUGGAUGAGAAGUGAAAUGUCUUCAAAGAAACACAAGAAAGCCCACAGCCGCCUCCUGAAAAAGCACCUUUGGGACAAUCACGAUGACCUGGAUGACAGAGAACCUCCGCGGACAUCCUGGCGAGCCUUUGCGAUGGUUGAGAAAAAGCAAGCUGCUGACUCCUCUGUUUUCAUUUCAUCAGCCUGCAAAUUGGCUUCUGCUACCAAGGUUACUCCCCAGCAGCCCUGAGGAGAUAGCAAGAAUGUAGAAGCUCAUCCAAGGGAAAGCGUUUUGGAGAAGCCUCUCUGUUUUUCUGCAAAAUAAGGCCUUUGUCAAAGGGGGAAACCCCUCUUCCCCCCCCCCUUCCUUUGGAGCUCAAAGCAUUCCUGGACUCGGCACCUCUUGAGGAUGCUUCUGUGGUCUGGGAUUGAUCUACACCAACAAAACGUGCACCAUGCCUCCCAUCACUUUCCAGGACUUGCCACUGAACAUCUACAUGGUGAUUUUUGGCACAGGUGUCUUCAUCUUUGUGCUCAGCCUGAUUUUCUGCUGUUACUUCAUUAGCAAACUUCGGCAUCAGGCACAAAGUGAAAGAUUUGGAUACAAAGAGGUGGUUUUGAAAGGUGAUGCCAGAAAGCUAAACUUACACGGGCAGACUUGUGCCGUCUGCCUGGAAGACUUUAAAGUGAAAGAUGAACUGGGAGUGUUGCCAUGCCAACAUGCCUUCCACAGAAAGUGCCUUGUGAAGUGGCUAGAAGUUCGAUGCGUUUGUCCCAUGUGCAAUAAACCUAUAGCGGGUCCCUCAGAGCCUCACCAGAACAUUGGGAUUCUCCUGGAUGAACUAGUGUGACUAUCUUCCUGCCCACAUUUCCCCACAAAGAGCCUUUACUGAUUAUUGCCUUGGGAUUGUGGGCUUCAACAGUCUUGAGAUGGUUUCCAAGUGGAUGUUCAUCUUAACCUUCUUAGAAGGCAGCGUGGACCGUUCCGAGUGCCAAGGUGGAAAGCAAGCUGGCCUUGUUCUCCAUCUACCACCUGGGAGCCAUUUCUGGGGAAGACUGAUCAGAACUGCAGGGGAAUCUCUAUUUGGGAUGACUAACCAACAAAGGACUUGAAACAAGAAAGUCUGAACUUUCCCAGGAUGACUCUGGUGAACAAUUGAACUUCAGUACCAAGCGUCCACAACUGCUUGUUGUGAUCCAACUGUGAGAUCAAAGUCUUCCCUUUGUCUAGGGCUUGCUGGUCCGAAUGCACAGAUGGCGAUAUAGCCUCUCUGAUUUCUAAUGAGCCCUUUCUUUUUAUAGUAAGUCAGCUCCUGCCAUUUGGGCUGUCUCGAUUUCUGCUCCUUAGGGAUCCCUUCUGCAAUUUGAAAACAAGAGCUAUUGCUGGCUUCGGCUAGGCCCUUCUCUGCAAAAUCUACAGUGUUUACAUAAGACUUAAGCAGAAAGCCUCCCAUGGGCUGCAGAAGGAGCACCAAUUCAGCUAUACACCACUGACCCAGCAGAGCUGCAAAAGAGCCCCUUCUUUUCUUCAAUAUUGUGGAGAAAGGGAGCACGUUGUGGCAUUUGGGUCACCCUAGAGGUGGCAAACAGACGAAGACAGGGGCAUGAAAAGGGAGAGAGAUCAAUCCUUUCUCUUAGAUUUCAGAAGAUGAGUGAGACUAUUUUCGUAAGUGGCCUUCUAACUUUCUUUUUGCCUAUUCUGUCCUUGUAUAGAAAAAUUAAAAAAAAAAGUACUUUCUCUGAAACCAGACUUUUUUUUUUUUGUCCUCGUUUGAUUAUGUGUUUGCAACAUGAGUAAUCCACUUAGCAGGAAGGGGGGGCUGAAGGCAACAUGGUAGAUUAAAGGGUUGUGGAAGCAUUGUGUAAACAUCCCUCCCACAUGCAUACACAAACGUGAAUGUACCUAUUAGGGAUAUGCAUAGCUUCAGGUAUGAUACCAAGAAGAUACUCUGGAGCAGUGGUUCUCAACCUGUGGGUCGGGACCCCAUUUGGGGUCGAACGACCAUUUCACGGGGGUCGCCAAACAAGGCUGUCCGCCAUUUUUUCCCCUUUUCUUUGGCCACGCCCCUGGCACCCGGUGAUAUAUAAGUGGUUGGGGGUUACCACAACAUGGGGAACUGUAUUAUGGGGUCGCGGCAUUAGAAAGGUUGAGAACCACUGCUCUGGAGCAUAUGAAGGUGAGAACAUAGCUAUGCACACAACUUUAAUACCCGUCCAUCCCCAGAGAUAGAAAUGAAGCUCAGCUCUCAACAUUUCCUACCUGAAACUUUGGGAAGGUCCUACAAUUCUGACUAUAUUUGCAUAACACACUGACAAACUAAACACAUUUUAGCCUAGGAUGUUUUGCAAAUUCAACCUGUGAUGGGUUUUUUUUUUAAUUUAACAUAAUGUACAAUUGGAUUAACAGACUAAACUAAGGUUAUGUUAAUCUUGUUUUACAAACAGCUGUUUUCCUCUAGUUGAGGUCAACAUCUCUGUGGGCACUGGGAGUCACGCAACAUAUAAAUUUGAAGAAAUAAACUUUCAUUUUUCUUGUCAACAACGCAAAAGUGUUGAUCACUGCUGCUGCCUAGAAAUUUUUUGAGAUUUUCAAUUAAAGUACUUCCCUCUUUAACAUCCAUGAAGCUGAGUUAAAUGCUGUAGUCAGUCAUGACUACAAAUUUGAUCCAUGAGAGAACAAUGCAAGAAAUGAAUCUAGGGGAAAAAUGUCUUACAGGCUUGGUAACAGAAAUUGGAGCACAAAUGCUUAGGCACUAAAACUUAAUGGAAGAACAAACUAUGAGAAUACAUCCAGUGACAGAGCAUAAGUCAUGAAAUUCCCAAAAACAAUAUUGUUUUAGAAAAAAAGGUACAGAAGUGGAUGAAAGAAAAAUCAAAACAAUAGGGUAGGGAUAUAUUCGAUUAUACAGUAUGUACCGUAUAAAGGAGAAGAAAAAUAGAAAAUUCAGGACUAUAAAUUACAGAUCUAGAUGCUCUUCAAGACUGUUUCAUGUGAACUUGGGAUCUUCAGCAAAACCUUAAUAAUAAAAAAGUCUGCUUAAUACUGUGUUAAACUUUAAAUUGUAGGGAUCAGUUCUGUUUUACUCUAGAUAUUACACUGUAUUGUUAAAAAAAACCCUAAAAGACAUAUAAACAUGAAACGCAGACACCUCAAACAGGAAGCAUGGUGAAGACUGGAUGUGACCGUCUUUAAAUGAAACAUGGAGAUAGAAAUUCUGAUACACACACACACACACACACGUACAUACUCAGGAACACAGGCGCAGAACCAGAGGCCGUAUAUCUUAAACUGCAUUAUCCUGUGUAUUGGGACAAGGGAAUUGCUUUAUAACCAUGUUAAAUUUGUACUGGGUGUUCUGUGCAGAACAAUGAACAUGGCAAAAGUUAUUCUCUCCUGUUAUCCUCCCCAAAACUUCAGAUAGAUUUGAUUGAUCAAUAUCCCCUGGCAAAAUAUCAAUUCUCCCCUUGUAAUUGCUAGAAAGCCUAAUGCAGAUAAUAGCAUAUCUUCCACACUUUUUCUGCCUAAAUGUAGAUGCUUUUCUUUCAUUACCAGUAGUGCUUAAGUCUCCGUGUCACCAUAAGUUUUUGUUGUUUUAAAGGAUUUGUAUAAAUACAAAUGACUCAUAUAAAGAUACCCAGUCAUUUCCAGAUUAAGCCACAUUUCCCUUGGUGACAGCUUGGAUUUACUGGGUCCUGUUGCACCCAUCGUGCUCAGAGAAGCCACAGCAGCCAAAAACAUCAACCAAUUCACACACUAAAGAAACAGUAUGAAGAUGGACACAACCACAAGCACCAAUAAUCAACUAAUUCGCAUGCUAAAAGAAACAAUAUGGACACACGCACUAAAAAUCAACUAUAUUCACACACUAAAACAAACAGUAUGAAGAUGGACACAAGCACCAACAAUAAACUAAUUCACACACUAAAAAACAAUAUGAAGAUGGACACAAGCACCAACUAAUUUGCACGCUAAAAGAAACAAUAUGAAUACAUGCACUAACAAUCAACUAAAUUCACACACUAAAACAAUAUGAAGAUGGACACAAGCACCAACAAUCAACUAAUUCACACGCUAAAAAACAAUAUGAAGAUGGACACAAGCACCAACUAAUUCGCACACUAAAA